AUGGGCGCGCGGCUGGGCUUGGCGGUGCUGCUGCUGCUGUAUGGGUUCGUCUCGGUCGCUAUCGCAGCGUCUGCACCUGUAAUCUUCAACAUCACCAUACCAAAGAGCGCGUCGGGAUUUGAGGAGGAGGACGCCUACAUCUGCACGACGCUGCCGCUACCGGCGCAACCGAUGAAGCUGGUUGGCGUUGAGCCCAUUGCCAAGCAGGAGAUUGUCCACCACAUCCUGCUGUUCGGCUGCAGUGUGCCACACGUUGAGCCCAAGGAUGGCAACCAGCCAGUUUGGGACUGCAAGCGGGCGCGAACGUGCGGUAGCUUUGAGGAAACUAUCCUCUACGGCUGGGGCCGAAAUGCCCCCAAGCUGGAGCUACCAAAAGGAGUGGGGUUCUCUGUUGGCGGAUCCAGCAGCAUCCGGUACAUCGUGGCUCAGCUCCAUUACCUGUCGCCCAAACCCAAGGGGGACUCCUCCGGCGUGUCGCUGAGCCUCCAGAAGGACCCCGUCCCCUACUCUGCGGGCAUGCUGUCGUACGCUUCCUGGUUCAGCAUCCCGCCCCGCAAGAAGGAGCACCUCGUGAUCAACCGCUGCUGCUACCGCGGCUUCCAGCCGCUCAGCACGUUCGCAGUCAGGGUUCACACGCAUGGCAUGGGCAGAUCGGUCUUCAUGGUCAGGCAGCGAGUCAACGCCACCCUGGCUCCCAAGAACGCCCUCGACGUGAUCGCCAAGGGGGACCCCCUGGCUCCUCAGGGCUUCAACCCGGUGAAGCGCUCGGUAAUCUACCCUGGUGACCCCCUGACCGUUACGUGCGCGUUCGAAUCGACCAACGUGACGCACUGGGUGUCGGCCGGGCCGAGCCACGACCACGAGAUGUGCAACAUGUACCUCAUGGUCUACUCAGCGAUCCCUCACAUCGAGAUGUGCAACGACGGCGAGGGCAUGGUGGCCGACACGCAGCCCGGCAGCAUGCCGCACUCUGCGCUGGUCACGCCAGACCCCUUCCCCGGCUGGCGGCCCCCCAAGCCCAGCGACAAAGUCAAGGCUGCCUCCGGCGCCCAGGUAGGCACGUUGGACACGCUUGUGUUUGUCAGGAGGGGUGGGCCGUCUGUGGAGGUGGGGCAGUAA